AGUAGAAACGCUGUUUCACCGCUCCGCUCGCUUCACUUCAGUUUCGCUUUCUCCUCAAAGUGAAAGUAAACUUCAGUCCGUCUGUUUUUUAGCGUCUCGGCUGCGUUUUUCAUUGAUGACCCACGUAAUUCACGAUAAUCCCGUUAAAUCUGAACACAGCCGGCGUCAGCGGGGUCUCUGGUGAAAGCGAUGGCGGGGCAUCAUAACAACCGCAAUGACAGUUCCCAGAUGAGCGCGAUUCUUCAACAUGAAGACCUCUGUAAAAACUGUAAAAAGGAGAAAAUUGAGCAAGAAAAAGAGCAAAACAGCAAAGACGUCACGAGCGAAGCCAGCUCCUCCUCCUCCUCCUCCUUCCCCUCUUCCUCCUUCUCCUCCUCCUCCACCUCCUCCAGACCCUCCGGUAACGGGGAUGUGAGAGAUCGACAUGUAGAGCGGGAUGAACCGGUGCCGACACAGCGGCAGGACGACGCUCCGUCAUGUUGUCAGCUGGAUGAUCUGAAGCGACUUCCACAGUGUCAGAGCAAACUGGGACGUCUGACCUUCAGCGGUUCACACACUGUCCUCAUAGAUGUGCUUGCUUUCAACCAGAGAGCAGGACUUAGGCCCCUGAAAGGGAGAGACUUGUGGCACAGUAACUUUGUGAAGAUGCCGUGUUCCUCUCACAGUGUCACGAUAGUCAAGUCUCCAGUCUUCAAGAAUCCCACCCAGACGUCGCGGUGGGAAGUGAUCUCCAAAAAUCUGGGCAGCCUCGCCAAGAAAACAUCAGUGGAUGUGGAUGAUGUGGCGGAAGCUAUCAUGAAAUAUAACCAAAAGUAUAAAGACAAGUGGUCUUUUGAUGCCCUCGCCAGCUUCGUAAAGGCUGUCCCGAAAACGGAAAACUACUUCGACAAGUUGUUCCCUAAGAUCGCGGCGUUGGCCCUGAAGCUUCCUGAUUAUGUACAGAAGGCCAUCCCGCUGCUUCAAAGGGGACACACCUCAUCCAUCACUCUGUCACAGGUUCAGAUAUCCUGCCUGCUCGCCAACGCAUUUUUCUGCACUUUCCCUCACCGCAACACCUCCACACCCAACUCAGAGUACCACAACUACCCAACCAUUAACUUCAGCAGUCUGUUUGGGAUUUGGUCAGACCGGAAGAAGGAAAAGCUGAGGGCCAUCAUGCAUUACUUUAAAGUGGUAACAGAUGAGCACACAAAACUGAGAGGAUUGGUGACGUUUGAGAGGCGAUACCUCCGAGACACAGACAAGCCCGACUGGAAAAGUUCUAAGUCGACGAUGCCUAAGCUGUUUGUGUCAUGUGGCGACAUCGAGACUGAAGGAGAAGGCAUGCUACAGGUGGAUUUUGCUUCCAGCUGGAUCGGUGGAGGUGUGCUGGGCUCCGGUCUGGUGCAGGAAGAGAUCCUGUUCCUCAUGAACCCGGAGCUGAUUGUAUCCCGCCUCUUCACUGAGAAACUCGGGGACAACGAGUGUCUGAUCAUUACAGGCUCUCAGCAGUUCAGCGGUUACUGUGGCUUCGGUGACACCUUCGAGUGGGCCGGCCCUCGUGACGACCACCACAGAAGGGAUGACUGGGAUCGGCUGCAGAGGCAGAUCCUCGCCAUCGACGCGCUGCACUUCAAACACAGAAGAGACCAGUACACUUUGAACAACGUUACACGGGAACUGGACAAGGCAUACUGUGGAUUUAAGAGUCAUGGGCAUAGCGAGCCGGACAUCGCCACGGGGAAGUGGGGUUGUGGAGCCUUCAAUGGAGACCCACAGCUCAAAGCUGUGAUCCAGUUGAUGGCAGCAGCGAAGGCCAAUAGAGGAGUCGCCUUCUUUACCUUUAGGGAUGAACACCUGAAGCAAGGCCUGGAGCAGACCUACAACCUGCUGGUCGCAGAGGGGAUUACAGUUGGGAAGCUGUACGGACUUCUGAAGAACUUCUGUGCAGAGCAGCGCUCUGAUGGAUUUCACUUGGAUCUGUUUGAGUUCAUCAAGAACUCUGUCAGAUGUUCCCGGAGUCUGCUGUGAGGACAGAAAAAUGUCUGCUUUCUGAACCUGCACUAAAAACUCACGGGAAAGUUUAAAUCACAGAAAUGAAGUAUCUACUUAAUUAUCUAUUGUCUAUAGAGAGAGAGCAUGCAACAAAUGUUCCAAGCUGGAAUUAAAGGACAGGUUCACAAUUUAUCAAGUGUGUCUUAAAACAGCAGU